AUGGCAGGACUGUUUGACAAGCAAGCCAAACUUUACGCGGAUGCAAGGCCAACUUAUCCAAGUGAAUGGUAUUCAAUGCUUGCAAGUCAUACUACUCUUCACUCUCUUGCUUGGGACGUUGGCAGUGGAAAUGGUCAAGCUGCUUUCGGUGUAGCUGAGCAUUAUGAGCAAGUUGUCGCAACUGAUGUGAGCGAAGAUCAGUUACAAAAUGCUUUGCCACAUCCGCGAGUUCGUUAUCUGCACACGCCAUUGUCUUUAUCCGAUGAUGAGCUAGUGACCCUGAUUGGAGGAGAAAAUUCAGUUGAUCUUGUGACAGUAGCCCAAGCUGUGCACUGGUUUGAUCUUCCGAAAUUCUACACGAUCAUUAACCGAGUUCUUCGAAAGCCAGGAGGUGUUAUAGCAGUCUGGGGCUACAAAGGGUUCGAAGUCAGUCCAACGUUUAAUGCCUUAAUGAAGAAGUUUUACGAGACAACUAUUCCAUAUUGGAACCAAAAUGCGCAAUCAUUGUUUGAUGGUUACAAGGACCUUCCAUUUCCUUUUGAAAGUGUAGGGCUUGGGUUUGAGGGGCAGCCAUUGGAAUUGGACAUGCCUAAGGAGCUUUCAUUGGAGAGGUAUUUGAGAAUGCUGAGGUCAUGGUCAGCAAUUAAUAGUGCUUUGGAACAAGGUGUUGAUUUGUUAUCUGAAAGUGUUGUGAAGGAGUUUGAGGGUGUUUGGGGAGGGAGCCAUUUGAUUAGGACCGUUGCUUACAAGGCUUUUAUGCUUGUAGGAAAAGUUAAGGUGUGAUAUAAAUGGUGGGGUUAAUUAGUUGCUUAAUUUCUUGCUAAGUUUGCUACAUUUUGAAGCUAUAUAAUGAUAAUAAAUACUAAUGGUGGAAUAAACCAAGUGGUUUCACAAA